AUGUUCGAGACACGACAUGCGGCAGACCGUUAUCACCUCCGUAUGCAUCGCGCACGCUCAGUAGUCCUCACAAACACGGAGCUCGUCGAGAUCCGCGCGGCCCAACGCACCUUCGAAGGCGCAUACAUUCGCACCUCACUAGGACAAUUCAGCUUCGCUCUGGUGGUUCUCAAGAUCUUCACAGCGGAAUUCUAUAGUAUUGGAGCUUUGUUUGCAAUCUACGGAGCGGGUGUUUUGGGGGUGAGCGCGUUUAGGAGGAUGCAGGGGAACAGACAGUUCUUUUCUGAAGUUGGUGAGGAUGGAUUGAGGAGGAAGAGGUUUAGGACAAGUGGGAACGUGGUGGUUGUUUUGACUGCGCUGAGCGUGUUGAGUUAUAUCAGUUUGCUGGUUCUGACUUUGAGAUUGUGA